AACCUGUGAAACUGUCACUUAGAUGCAGAUCAACGUCGCCAUGGAUGAAAGGCAGAUGAUUCUGGUUGUUCUCUUUGGACUUUUUUCCUGGAAUCUCUGCUCCAUUUCUGCUUCAAUGCUGGAGACGAUUGUUCGACCUGGAGACAACAUCACCCUCUAUUGUGACUGCAGGCCGUCCACUGGAGUAUAUAUAGUCUGGUAUAGAAACUGCUCCCAUCAACACCAACCCACUCUUGUGAUGGAGACACUGAAAAGCUUUAUUUUAGAAAAGGAAAACUUACAUCGUCAUUUUAAAUUUUUAAAGAAUCAGUCGUCCGACUCGUAUGACCUGCAGAUCAUAAACGUCACUGAUUCUGAUGAAGGACUAUAUUACUGUGGAACAUUUGAAAUAAAGGUGGAGAAAAAUGUCUACGUCUACGGAAACAUCAGCACAAGGAUCAAACUCUAUGCAGGGUCUGGUUUCCUGCAUCAGAACAUUUCCAGACCAGUGGUGGAGUGCGGUUUGUGCUGGAAGCUGCUGUUCUCUGUCUGUCCUGCUGUUUGUUUUCUUUCUACUUUUCUUUCCUCACUUCUUGGUUCCUUCCUUUGCUGGAAACCAGAAACACCUGAUGAUAAGGAAAACAAAUCUGACUCUAUGAGACCUGCAGGAAAAUCAGAGGGGAGAAAUGUGUGUUUUGCUGCCCUGGGAGACCAUCCAACAUUAAAGAAACCAAAGAAGAAGAAAACAGUCCACAGCUCAGACCGAAGCCUGUUUACUGCUGUCAUCUACGCCCAGAUGGUUGAUGAUGAUCCAUAGAGGCAGAGUGCUCUCACUAACGCUCUUCCUCUGCAACUGAAAGCUGCAGUUUUCUCCGAAUGAAUUGAUGAUUAACAGCUGAUAACAAAUACUCAGUUAUUAAUGUUUAUAAAUAAUAAAAGCCCAGAGCAAC